AUCUAGUUGAAAUGGAAUCUUGGAAUUUGAAUGCUGAGGUAAUUAACCAAGGCGAUACAACUCAUGCGCCAACUGACAAAUAUAAGGACACAGUCUUCUCCUAUGGAACUGCUGGAUUCAGAACUGAUGCUGAUGCUCUGGAUAGGGUUUGUUAUAGAGUUGGAAUCGUUGCUGCUAUUAGAGCAUCAGAGACAGGAGCUGCUGGAGUCAUGAUUACUGCUUCUCACAACCCUCUCAAAGAUAAUGGAGUUAAGAUUAUCGAUAAGAAUGGAGCUAUGGUCACUCAAUCUUGGGAAGAUCCGUUCACUAAUGGUGUGAACUCUUCGGAUUUAGUUCAAUAUAUAUCUGAUUUGAUUGCCGAAAAAGGAAUUGCUUACUCAGAUAAAGCAAGAGUUUGAGUUGCUUGUGACACCAGAGACUCUAGCCCAAGACUAAUUGCUGCUUUGAAAGCAGGAAUUGAAGCUGUUGGUGUAAAAGUAAAGGAUUUUGGGGAGCUCUCCACUCCACAGUUGCACUUCCUUGUUUGGUUUGCAGAUAAAGAGAAUUACUCUCCAGAAGAUAUUGAUGGUAUGAAUGAAGAAAUCUAUUAUGAUUACUACAAGAAGAAUCUUCAAGAGUACUGGGCACUAAUAUCGAGAGACGAAGAAAGCCAUUACCAAUCGCAGCUGGUUGUGGAUACAGCCAAUGGAAUCGGAGGCAAACAGCUUAAAAAAUUGGAUAUCUUCACCAAUUCUUCUCACUAUGGACUAGAUGUAACUGUAUUGAAUGAUGGAAGUACUGGCACUGAAUUCCUUAACCACAAAUGUGGAGCUGAAUGCAUUCAUAAAGAUAAAUCUUUCCCUCUUGGAGCUGAAGAAAUCAAGACAGACGACAAUACUAAAUGGGUCAGCUUCGAUGGAGAUGCAGAUAGGAUUGUUUAUUACUAUGGAAAUCCUUCAACCCAGGAUCUCAAUGUGAUUGAUGGAGAUAAAAUUGCAAUCCUUCUUGGUGAUUAUAUCAAGAGUCUGAUGAACAACAUAACCAAUGAUAAGACUAGCUUAUCUGAGCUGAUCACUUUUGUUGUUGUUCAGACUGGAUAUGCUAACAGUGCAGCAACUAAAUAUCUAACAGAUAAAGGUGUGAAAGUCGAAAGAGUCCCAACUGGAGUAAAAUAUCUUCACCACAGGGCAGAACAAUAUGACAUUGGAGUAUAUUUUGAAGCUAAUGGGCAUGGAACAGUGAUCUCAAAGUACCAAAAGAUUGUCAAGAUCUUACAGGAUAAUGACUUCAGUCUAGAUGAUGCUCAUGUUAACAAAUUUUUGAAGUUCCUUCUCUUAACAAAUGAGGCAGUGGGUGAUGCUUUGGCAACUUUGCUGAUGGUUGAGGCUUUCCUAAAGGAUUCAGGAAAGAACACCAAAGAAGUCAAUGAGAUUUAUUCAGAUCUCCCUUCCAGAAUGCUUAAGUUAGCAGUCAAAGACAGAAGUCAGUUCAAGACCCACCAUGAAGACGAGACUCUCCUUCUUCAGCCAGAAGGACUCCAGGAUAGAAUUGUGGAGAUAUUCUCAAAAGUAGAAGGAUCGAGAGCUUUUGUGAGACCCUCAGGUACUGAAGAUGUCGUGAGAAUCUAUGCUGAGGCUCCUACUCUAGAAGAUGCUGAUAAGAUCGCAGAUGAGAUCAACGAUAUGCUUGCAAAGGAGUUCUAGAAGCUAUUAUUCCUCACCAUAUUUCAAUAAGCUA